AUGGAAAAAUCCCACCCCCACUCCAACUUACAAGGCUCUACAACAACGACAACGACGUACGCGACCGAGUCAAUCACCACCCAGCCGCCAAACCUCACCUGCAAUCCCAAUCAGAUCUAUCCCUCCAAUAAUAGCAAUUCGCAUCACGCGCCGCUCGCCGAUCAGCACCCGCAGUUGCAGCAGACGGCGGAAACCCCGGGGGGGUCAUCCGAAGCACCGGGCAAAGCCUUGCACCUGAACACGAACGUGAAUAUGGAUAUGUCGACGCAUACGAAUAACUAUCCUCACAAGAUUGAUGGACCGGGCGGACCAACCGCCACGGCGCCGUUUCUACGAGAUUUCAGUCUUGUAGCGGAGGCAGCAAAACGAGCACAGAUGUCAGUUAUGAUGAGGGAUUUAGAGAGUGUUACGCUAUAA